AAUCAAUAUGUGCAAUUACUUUGCAAAUAUAAAGAAUCAGAACACCAAUUUGCAAAAUCAUAAAAAGUCUUGAAAUUUGACUCGGCUACAUACCAAAACCAAUUUUUUCUUCUUUAAAAAGUGAAUAAGUCGGUGUUACAGAUUUGAAUCUGCACCCUUUAAUCGGAUGUAUUUGUUUCGUAUCCAAAAUGAUUUAAAACUCUAACAACUAUUGACCAACACUGUAUUUGUUUUAUCUUGUUUUUGUGGAAUCAUUACUCACGCUAUAUAAAAUUGUGAGAACGUGGUCCAUAGUCUAACCUCACCUAACAAGGGCUUUGACCAGUGCGACAACCAGCAAUAUCAUCAAUGGCGAAGAAACCUGUGAAGUACUACGUGGUGGAUGCAUUCACAGAUUCAGCUUUCAAAGGAAACCCAGCAGCAGUGUGUUUAUUAGAACAAGACAGAGACGAUGAAUGGUUGCAAUCAUUAGCUGCUGAAUUCAAUAUUUCUGAAACAUGUUUCUUGACUCCAAUUCAUGGUACUUCUGUUCCUCGUUUUGGUCUCAGAUGGUUUACUCCUACUACUGAGGUUAAACUUUGUGGUCAUGCCACAUUAGCAGCUUCACACACAAUCUUUUCAUCCGGUUUGGCCGACAGCAAUGUUAUUGAAUUCGAUACACUAUCUGGAAUUUUAACCGUCAAAAAGAUCCCUUCGGUCGACGCCACUGAUGCGCCGAAUUUGCAGAAUGGUGAAGCUCUGAAUGGAUUUUAUAUUGAAUUGGAUUUUCCUGCAGAUCCCACCUCAGAAUCCAACUCUGAUGACACUUCACUCAUUUCUGAUGCAUUGAAUGGUGCUUCAAUCAUUGAUAUCAAGAAGACACAAAUCGGAAAUAAUUUAAUUGUUGUUGUCGCGUCUGGAAAAAAUGUGACAGAAGUACAACCACAAUUUGAUGUGGUUGUCAAAUGUCCUGCAACGGGAAUAAUUGUUACCGGGAUUGCACCUCCAGAGUCAGGAUUUGACUUCUACAGUCGAUAUUUCAGUCCUAAAUUUGGAAUCAACGAGGAUCCUGUUUGUGGAAGUGCACACUGUGGCUUGGUACCCUAUUGGAGCAAGAAGCUGGGAAAGUGUGAUUUUAAGGCUUAUCAGGCAUCAGCUAGAGGGGGAGUUCUGGAUCUUCAUCUUGAUGAGCAGAAACAAAGAGUGUUUUUGCGUGGGAAAGCUGUUGCAGUGAUGGAAGGGGUUAUUCUGGUCUAGUCAUGUUCUUAGCAUUGCAGUGAAAGUACUUGCAGAAAUAUUUGUAAUAAAUAUAACAGAUCACAGAAUUUGUUAUUUCAGUAGCACUUAAUUGUUUUGAUGCUUUAUCUCGUAGGUGCAUUUAAGCAAAGACUUAAUUGUUUUGCACUGUAUUGUAAUAAGAUUAAUUAAGUUUAUUAUCCGAAUACUCAUUGAAGUUGAUGGAUGACUUGUAUAAAUCAGUACUUGAUGUUUCAUUUGGCUUUUUAUAUGAGUAGUCUGUGUUUGGUUCAA